UCUGCGUUAUAUUUGGUACUAGAAAACGCGCAUACAUAUACUGUUGCAAAGACGUUUCGAUACAGCGACUGAAGAAGACAGCCUUGGUCAAGUUAAAUCUUAAAAUCCUCUUAUACGAAAAAACAUAUUUUGUUUGUUGACGGCAAACUAUUUUGUUUGUUAUAUCCAUGAUGCCCGUGCUGCCUGUUAGUGAAGCUCCGGCUCUAGUUCUGUCGUACAAGAUUCCAACCAAGCGGUUUAUCCUGUGCCAGCCGGAAGGUCAACACGACUCUGAGUAUACCAGUAUCUACGCUGCUGACGUGACUGUUGAAGAGCAACCGAAUUAUCCCGGUAUCCUUCGAUCAGUGUGGACUGUGAAACUGGUAAUUUCGGACAUCGAUGAUACCACAAGGGCAAAAGUUUUCCCUAAAGAACCAAAAAUGGCAGCGCAAUGAAGGUAUAUUACGCGGUCCGGGCUCGCGGAUCAUGCGAUUACAAGAUCGAUUCGGGAAAUUGUACUGAGGUGGAUGACGACGAACAUAAUGCGCUCAGCAACCUGACCGUCUCUGUGCGUCGCUCAUGUAGAACUAAUCAUAAGCGCCUGGAACCAGACGGUCAUGUGUUUGUCAGUUUAAUCCUGUACCCGGUAAAGUCAGCCAUGGAAACCGGGAAAGACCGAGCGGAUUUGAAGCGACUGCGGGAAUCGCAGACGCUGUCUGACUGUACAUUGGUCUGUGCCGAUCGAGAAUUCCCGGUGCACCGCGCCAUCUUAGCCGCACAGUCGCCGGUAUUCGCCGCCAUGUUCCAGAAUGGUCAAUACUCGGAGACUACGCCGAAGCUGAGUAGACGGUCCAAACAGGGAGUCUUAUACAUUGACGACAUCGGGGCAGAUAUUCUGGAUGCCCUGCUGGAUUUCGCCUACACGCGCGCACCUUUACAGGCGACUAAUUUGACGGAAUUGUGGCACGCGGCUAACACAUACGAUAUGGACGACCUGCGCGCGGAAUGUGUUCGCCGAAUGAUCAGCUCCAUCACGCCCGAUAACGCUUUCCAGUAUUUCAGUUUGGCUCGUGAGCACGGCUUGACUCAACUGAAAGUUGCUGCUGGAAAGUUCAUUGGUCAAGAUCCCCGUAACAUCACUUGAGCAUGGUUCGUGAAGAGGAGAUUGUUUUUUUAGUUGUGAAUGAACGUUUUACUUACCGUUUUUUAUCGCUUUGUUGUCUGAUCCUGCUAUACGGACGGUUGGAAGUAGAAGAUUCGAUGAUUUUCCUUGUCUUCAUUUGCGCUAACACAAUACUUAUCGAAACGCUAAUUUUAUUUUAUUAUGACUAUUUUCUGCUGCCUGACAUGGCGGGAACGCCGGGGACUACCAAUUGGCUUAAAAUUGCGCAGCU